GGCGGGCCGCACGGGCUAUUUAACGGUCGGCGCGUCGGCCACGGCGACGCGGCUCCGGGAGGGGUCUGGGAGCGACGGUCAUGGCCGGCCACCUGGUACUCAGCAGCGGCGCCAAGAUGCCCAUCCUGGGCCUGGGCACCUGGAAGUCCCCCCCAGGCCAGGUGACCGAAGCUGUGAAGGCAGCGAUCGACCUUGGCUACCGCCACAUCGACUGUGCCCACGUGUACCAGAACGAGACCGAGGUAGGGGUGGCCCUCCAGCAGAAGAUCCGGGAGCAGGUGGUGAAGCGCGAGGAGCUGUUCAUCGUCAGCAAGCUGUGGUGCACGUACCACGAGAAGGGCCUGGUGAAGGGCGCCUGCCGGAAGACACUCAGCGACCUGCAGCUGGACUACCUGGACCUCUACCUGAUCCACUGGCCACCGGGCUUCAAGCCUGGAAAGGAGUUGUUCCCAUUGGACGAGUCGGGCAGUGUGGUGCCUAGCAACACCGAUUUCCUGGACGUGUGGGCGGUCAUGGAGGAGCUGGUGGAUGAAGGGCUGGUGAAAGCCAUUGGCAUCUCCAACUUCAACCAUCUCCAGAUAGAGCGAAUCUUGAACAAACCCGGCUUAAAGCAUAAGCCUGUUGUCAACCAGAUUGAGUGCCACCCGUACCUGACUCAGGAGAAGCUGAUCCAGUACUGCCAGGCCAAGGGCAUUGUGGUGACUGCCUACAGCCCCCUGGGCUCUCCUGACAGGCCCUGGGCCAAGCCCGAAGACCCUUCCCUGCUGGAGGACCCCAGGAUCAAGGCGAUCGCAGCCAAGCAUAAUAAAACCACAGCCCAGGUCCUGAUCCGGUUCCCCAUACAGAGGAAUUUGGUGGUGAUCCCCAAGUCUGUGACACCAGGACGCAUUGCUGAGAACUUCCAGGUUUUUGACUUUGAGCUGAGCAGCGAAGACAUGACCACCUUACUCAGCUACAAUAGGAAUUGGCGGGUCUGUCCCCUGUCUAGCUGUACCUCCCACAAGGAUUACCCUUUCCACGAGGAGUUCUGAAGCUGCGGAUGCCUGCUCUUCCCCAAGAGGCCGACACCUGCUUCCCACCUUGUUUCUCCUUGCAAGUGUGGUGUGGCCUGUGUCCCUUGUGGUGGGACAGCAACCUGCCAAGUGCUUGUCUCGCUUGAUGUGAGGUCUGCAGAGCAGCGUCAGUAGAGUAGACAUCUCUUCUGGUUUUUUUGACCCUUCUUUUUGCCCAGCUGGGGGAGUCCAGUCUGACUGCCCUUGUCGGACCAAGGAGAGGCAGAUUCUAUAGUCAGAACAGGCCACCAACAGCUCUGACAACUUGGAUCUGUAAUCCUUCCGGCAAGACUUUGCCUCAAAUAAAAAGUGCUUUUGUGAGCUUGA